UUCGUCUUCGUCUUCGUCUUCGUGGACGGUCGACGUCGGCUCCGUGGCCGUUGAUUUUGUGGUCGUGCUUGCUCUUCGUUAGUGCCUUCGUCGGCGUCCCUGGGCCAAGUGAUGAACCGCGUCGAUAAAUCGCCGACCCGGCAAUCGUCGCUGGAUCGCUCUGAAUCCUCCGUGAGAUCGUGAUUCUCUAACCUAGUCUCCGUUUUCGCGAGUGUUGUGGUGUUUCUCUCUCUCUCUCGCUCACUCUCUCUGGAAGAGAAGUCAGAAUCUGCGGAAUCUCGCGUGCUGUCGAAUGCGCGAAUUUUUCUUGGUGUAACGUGACCUUGACUGUUCUAACCGCGGUUCGAGGAGCCAAUUCGACCUCGAGAUUCGAGGAAACGCGCGCGCGAGCGAGGGCUGACGUGUGUGUCGGAUCGCGCGGAAACAAAUAGGAUUGCGAGAGGAAGCUGCGAAAUACAGUCAAUCGGGCAGGGAAAAGAUAGUUCUCCGCUCCGGAGUAUAUUGGGCGACGUUAAGUCGAGACUCUCCGUUUCAUUCGAAUCGAGACCGAAGAUUCGAAGCGACGAGUAGUUCUGCCUGCUGCCAGCCAAAAUGAUUUCGAUCCCUCGAACGAAGAUUUUCUAGCUGUGUUUUUGUAUCGUCGGACAAUCGAACGAGGAGGUUUUCUACUCUACCUGCGAGUGUAAACGUAUUCAGAUGAUCCACGAAGAUCCAGCAAAGAUUUUUUGCUUCAUUUUAACAGAGUGGAAGAAAAAAAUCUAAUCAAUCAGUCGAACGAUCGACGAAGAUCCCAGGAUGAAAGUCCAAGUCUCGAGGGUAUCGACUAAUCAAUCAGAGAUCAUCGAGUGAAAGUUCCUCUGUCGCAUCAACGAGCGGAGGUCGACUCAAAUUUUCAAGUAUCGGCCAAGGUGAGAGAGCGGCGGUGAGCGUCGAAACUACGUCUCGAUGUUCAUCUUCGCGCCGCGCGACAACAUGUCGACGUCUCGUCAAGGCUCGACGGGCCGGCGAAGUCGUUACGCUCGUUCGUCGACGACGACGAGCGUCACGCAGCUGCUCAGCGACUCGUGUUCCAAUCUCCUGCAACGAUUGACCACCAGGGUGCGAGGGAUGUCGACGGUGAACGACAAACCGUCGUCGGUCGCAAGACGUUCGCCCAUCGUCAUCCAGCUGAACAGCGCGAGGGCACGCAUUGAGGACAAGUACUCCGCCAUCCUGGACAAAUAUUCGCGAAAGAAGCAGCAGGAUCGGGCGGAUCGACCCUCCGUCGACUACAGGCGAACCCGCGAGCGGGAUCAUCGUGAUCACACGUACUUCCGUCGCGAGGACAGCCCUUUCGUUCGCGACGAGAAGACCCUGGAGCCGUCGAUGACGCGGACGGUGAUCAAAAGCCCAGCCAGCGUGAUACUCUCGGAGAAAGCCUACCCGUACGUGAAGUCCCCCACCGUGAAGGAGUUCAAACGCGAGAAAACGCCUGGCUAUCACCACGCGGACAAACAACAACACUCUUCGCUGAACUCGGACACGUGCCGCCGAUACGGCAGGCACAAGUCCGGCCACGCGGAGACUCGCACGAGAAAGGUGAGACCUUACAGAAACGGGAAAAGCGAGCAGCUGGAGUCGUCGUCGUCGUCGUCCGCUGCCGCUGCUCUUCGGCUCGCUCGGCCGAUGAAAGUGGAACCGUCGGCUACCAAGGCGAGGAACGACGAGGAUCCUGAUAAAACGCCGACGAGCAGCAUGCUCGGCGAUAACGCGAGCGAUAACAACGUUCUCCCGACUAUCGACACCGAGGAGGAGACUGACCCAGCGAUCUCCGAGAGGGCGGCGAAGAGGAAGGAGAUCGAGAGCUUGAUCUUGAAGUACGCAGCGAUGGAGGAGACGUACGUUCAAUUGGCCGGCGGCGGAGGCCAAGCGAAGAUUAGGCCCAGCACCACGGACAUUAUCGCCAGCAAGUAUAGGAAGAGCGCGCAUCAGAGCGAGCGAAAAGACGCGUUGAAGAGCGCGAUGGCCGCGAGUGUCGUUAACAACCACGCGGACACGCUGGUCCAGAACGCGAUUGGAUCACGUGAUGGCGCUGAAAAUCAUUAAGAACGUAGAGAAGUAUAGAGAAGCAGCUAAACUCGAAAUAAAUGCCUUAGAGAAAAUUGCGACCAAGGAUCCGGAAGGCCAACAAGAGAUAAUAGUUACCAGCCUUAUCCAUUGGAACAUGUCAGGCAUAUUGGAUAUCAACUUUGCUACGCAGUCAAAUUCUUACACGAUAAUAAACUCACGCACACCGAUUUGAAACCGGAAAACAUACUAUUCGUAGAUUCCGAUUAUGACAGCAUAUACAGUAGCAAAAAGCGGAGGGACAUUAGGCGCGUAAAACGGACAGACAUUAGACUCAUUGACUUUGGUAGCGCAACAUUCGACCACGAGCAUCACAGCACGAUCGUUAGCACGAGACACUAUAGAGCGCCUGAAGUAAUUUUAGAAUUAGGAUGGUCUCAGCCUUGUGACGUGUGGUCGAUUGGCUGCAUCCUCUUCGAAUUGUACCUGGGUAUUACCUUAUUCCAAACGCACGACAACCGCGAACACCUAGCGAUGAUGGAACGUAUACUUGGCACGAUUCCGCAUCGUAUGGCCCGCAAAACUAAAACUAAAUAUUUCUAUCACGGCAAAUUAGACUGGGACGAGAAGAGCUCAGCCGGUCGAUACGUCCGCGACAAUUGCAAGCCUUUGCAUCGUUGUAUGCUUUCGGACGACGAGGAACAUCGACAAUUAUUCGAUCUGAUCCAAAAGAUGUUGGAGUAUGAGCCAUCUCAGAGAAUAACACUGAAAGACGCGUUGGCACAUCCUUUCUUUGACGCGUUGCCUGCGCAUCAGAGACUGCCGGAUCUUCGAGCAGCUGGCGAUUCUCAACAAAGUCACGAACGAUCGCACUCUCUCUCGCGAUGAAGCUAGGAAAGGGACCGACUUCCGUGCUGGACAGACACCCGACUGUCAACGACGCUACUGCCUUACGUCGCUGUUUCCACACCUUUGAAUCACAUAAGACUGUAUCUUUGCGGCAAUAACAAGAUUCGAUGACGUAACCCGAAUAUCUAAACGAAUCAGGUUAAAUGAAUAGACAAAAAGAAGAAAGGAAGAGAGGAAGUUAGAAAUUUUACUAGGAUAUAUGUAAUUAUAAAUUUGUUAGUAACAGAAGUUGACCGAAACCGCAAAAUCGCAUUGUUUAUUGAAACGACGUAAAAUAAAAAAAAAACGCAGUAGUGCAAUGGUGCUGUGGAAUUUGGAUUCGACGUAAUUAAUGAUAGAUCAUCAAGAAUCUUUGCGUAAAAAGAUACACCGAAUUCAACUCUUUCUGCGAGGUUUUUAAAAUUGGUACAUAACACCACUUGAUGAGGUAGGUCCCUGUUACUGGUUUGUUAAAGGACCAGUGUGUCUGCUCAGUGUAGCGUAAGAGUCCCGCCACUUAUAAACAUUUUCUAAAUGCUCUUCUGUACAUUUUAUCCUUUAAUUUUAUUACAAUGUUAUUAUGCAACAAAGUUUGGAAGAAGGGUCGCAGUUUAUACUCUGUUUGUUAUAGAUUGGUGACCACGGCGUGUUUAGUAGUUAAGAAAUCAGACUUAGUAUUAAGAAAUAAGUAAAUAUAUGCGUACGUGUUGACAUUAAUUAAGAUUAACAAAGAAGAGAAAAUGAGAGCGAGAAAGGGAGGGAGUGUGUGAGAAAGAAAUCCAUGGAACGCCAAUUCACCGUCGUAAAUUACUACACGUGUUGACGUUUUUAGGAUACGUUAUAUACGAUUUAUUUUAAAAAAUGCUAUAAAGUUUUUUUUCCCCCCCAAAAACAAACUUAUUCUUGCAUAAAGACAACACAAAUUACGUUUACUUUAUUUUUGGUUCAGUAUAUAUUCAAAUUUCGUGUAUUGUCUUACGAUAUUACAGACAAUCAUGCAUAUUUUAAGUUUCGUUUAGCCCGAGAAAGUUGAAAUGAAUCGAUAGUUUUCUAAAUAUGCGCGUGUCGCACCUCUUUAGAAAAGAAUCGCGAGAUUCUUUAAAAGAAGAGCUUACGUGUCUAAGAACGUUUCUGUUUUUAUUUAAUAGAGGAAUAAGUUCUUAAAAAUACGAAGCCUUUAUCGUCUUGUUUGCCUCCUUUAGUUCUUACACUCGUACAUACGACAUGACGAAGUUUACCACAUCUUGCUGCUCGUACAAACUACAAAAUGGAAUAUGUCUGAGCACUGCGAAAAGAAAAACAAAAAGAGAUGCUGUUUCGGAUAGCAAUAAAAUACAUUUCUUUCAAAUAAUUAUCUGAAAUUUAUUCUUCGAACCAAGUGAAUCAAACACUUCAUCCCAGUAAUUUAAGUUGGUCGGAUACAUUGUAUACAAUAUUCUAGCAAAUCUAUAAUGAGAUACCUUUUUUACAACGCACAUUCAUAUAUAUUGCUCAUACAUACGUACGGAAAACAUAAAGAACUAUUACAUACGAGUCUACUCAACAGGUUCUUACAAUACCAUGCCGA